CUGAUGAAGAAUGGGUGUGCUGUCGAAUGCCGCAGGCACAUUGUCGCCUCACACUCGUUUAACGAAUUACCAAGCAAGGCCACGCAAAAGUGGGUACAAAUGACAAGAGAAAACCCUAGCUGUCGAUGCAUGCAUCACAACAUCCACGUACGUCUACUUAGCCCCAGCUAAUCGUCCCCUUGUGUGUACGGUAGAACACUGCAGGCAGCGGGUGCGCCAUUCACACGUUGAACGCACGCACAUUCUGGAUCAGGCGGUGCUCCCACUUCUGCACAGAUACAGCCAUCCACACCAUCCACAGCAUCCACAGCACAACACACACACACACACACACACACACAGAGAGAGAGAGAGAGAGAUUAAAUCGGUGAUCCAGGCCUGGGUGGAGCUGGUGAGUGCAGUGCCGCGUACCUCUGACACCUGCCCCUCAAUGCCGCUCACGACCUUCUUGAUCUCAAAUGGCAUGGCGUCUUCGUCGGCCUGACAGCGAUGACAGGCAAUCAUCAUGGGACAUGUGCCCGGUAUAUGUGCGACUGACUGACGUCGCCCGUCCGCACCUGACCUGCAUGUAGCUGUCCGUCACGCCGACGUAGAGGGCGAGUCGCAGCUUGCCCAGCGGCAGGCUCAUCUUGUCGUCAAUGGCAAUUUGCUGCUUCAAGUCCAGCGGCUUCCCCUCCUUGUUGGCAGUCUCCACUGCCUCUCUGAACAUCCCCUGCAGUUAUCACACACACAUACACACACGAUCCCUGUGUAUGUGGUGGUGGUGGGGGGGGGAUGUGGAGGGGAAUGCAGACAGACCUACCUUCCAGUCGUCGAAUCGCGUGCACAGGGCGUCGAGAAACACGCGCUCCUCCUCUUGUGUCAGGUGUGGCAGCAGGCCCUGCUGCUCUAGACUGCGAAGCAUCUCCUGACACCUGCACGCACCAAAAGGAGAGACGAGAGGAGAGGAGAGAAUCAACUUCCUGAUGGCAUUGGUGCGUGUGUGUGUGUGUGUGUGUGUGUGAGAGAGAGAGAGAGAGAGAGAGAGAGCGGCUGACUUGGUCGGGCUUCGUGUGGGCGCGGGUACGUCAGGGAUGAGAUGCAGCGCCUGUAUGCCUCUGAUGUUGGUGGGCGACUCACUGGCGCGGAGGUACUUGUUGCCCUUGACGUGGUCCUGCACGCGACGCUCCCACUUCUGAUGAGUCAGUGUCGGCAUGUUUGCAAAAGGUCACACCACAUCACGACACACAGACAUGACACACAUUCACACAUGAGCUUCAGCUUCCCUCAUGCUAUCUGCUAUGGUCAUUUAUCUCCCACCCACCUUGGACACUUGUCGCUCGAUGCCACUGACGCGCCGGGCGAUGGCGAAUUUGUCCUCAGACAGAUCUUCGGGUUUGUCGACACCGCACAGGUGAGCGAUGUACAGGGCAUGACGCACGCGCCGCACCGGGGCUGUCUGCAUCACACACAGGCAAACAGACAGACAGACAGACAGACAACCGAGGCAGAUCAUGCACCCGUGGUGGGAAUGGCCAAAGCCUGCGUAUGUGUGUUCGCACCUGCUCUCCGACAGUCAGGGCGUGUGCCUCGUCCAGCUCCUUGCCGGCCCUCUCGCAGUCGUCCACAUAGAGGUCGAACGCCUGCUUCCAGUGGGCAAACUGCGGCAGCUUGAGAAUGUUCUCGAACGUGUCGAUAUCCGAGUCGGAGGCGGCAUGGAUGAGGCCCUUCAGAGCCAGGCUCUUCACAAGCCGCCGCAACUUAGACGAUUCCAUCGCUUUAUUUCUCAAGCGCCGGGUGGGGAAGCGUUGAUCAGCUGAGUCUUGACGUCACAGGGUGCGAUUCUCCGGGCGGAGCAGACAAAC